CUCUGCGCCUGGCCCCGGGUUUGACGUUUUUUUGUUUUCGACCCACCGGCAAAAGUAAAUAAUUGUUGUGCGUGGACUGGAUUGGUGCAGAAAUUUGACUUUUGCUAGCAUUUUGUUAUGCUAAUUCUCGCUUAUUUAGCAACAAUCGGCCAAUCUCGACUUUUCUGAAGUGGUCAAUUGGAGCAUCCACCAAAAACAUUACGCCUAAUUUGCGGAAAUAUAAAUUCUAGAGAGCGGCUAACACAUAAAAAGUAAAGUAAUUGUCUGCUACCAUGGAAGUCGCUUCGCCGAACAACGAUCAUUUGAGCAAACGCUGGAACCAUUUGCGGAAAAUCCUCGAAAGGUCUGGCCCGCUUUGUCACCCAUACUUUGUUGCCUCGUCCGAAACGCUCGAGUUUUUGCUCAACACUUGCAAAAUUCUCGUCAUUGGUGCUGGAGGUCUGGGAUGCGAACUGUUGAAGGAUCUGGCUCUGAUGGGUAUCCGUGAUAUUCACGUAAUCGAUAUGGAUACGAUCGAGCUUUCCAAUCUGAACCGGCAGUUUCUGUUUCGAAGGACGGACAUCGGCAAAUCGAAGGCACAAUGUGCGGCCGCAUUCAUCAGUGCACGGGUGCCGGGGUGCGUUGUGACGCCUCACUUUUGCAAAAUUCAGGACUUUGAUUCUGCGUUCUAUCGGCAGUUUCACAUAAUUGUUUGCGGGCUGGAUUCGAUCGUAGCUCGCCGGUGGAUCAACGGGAUGAUGAUAUCGAUGCUGGAGUACGAAGAAGACGGCUCGGUCGAUGAAACAUCCAUCAUUCCCUUCAUCGAUGGGGGAACCGAAGGAUUUAAGGGAAACGCACGUGUGAUCCUACCCGGCAUGACGGCGUGCAUCGACUGCACCCUGGAUCUGUUUCCACCGCAAGUGAAUUAUCCACUUUGCACCAUCGCCAACACACCCCGGCUGCCGGAACACUGCAUCGAGUACGUGAAGAUUAUCCAGUGGCCGAAGGAAACUCCCUUCGGGGUAGAUGUUGCCCUCGAUGGUGACGAUCCGCAGCACGUCUCCUGGGUGUACGAGAAAGCGCAGGAACGAGCCAACAGUUUCAACAUCACCGGAUUAUCAUACCGGCUCGUGCAGGGCGUGUUGAAAAAUAUUAUCCCGGCCGUGGCCAGCACCAAUGCGGUAAUUGCGGCCGCCUGUGCCACGGAGGUGUUCAAGAUUGCUUCCAGCUGCUGUGAACCGUCGAACAAUUACAUGGUGUUCAAUGACGUGGAUGGCAUCUACACCUAUACGUACGAAGCGGAAAAGCGGUCCGAUUGCUUGGCAUGUAGCCAGGUGCCGAGACCGGUGGACAUCAAGGAUCCUAAUGGAAUGACGCUGCAGGAUCUGAUUCAGCUGUUGUGCGAAAACCCUGACUUUCAAAUGAAAAGUCCAGGACUGACCGCCGUGCUGGAAGGGAAAAACAAAACCCUGUACAUGGGUACAGUCAAAAGCAUUGAGGAGGCAACGAAGGGAAAUCUAACGUUGUCACUCAGCGAGCUCGGACUGAAGGAUGGUCAAGAAAUAAUGGUAGCCGAUAUCACCACACCGAAUACGAUCCUUAUUAAGCUUAAAUUUCAACCCAACGAGGUAGAAAUGUCAUAAAUAGUGCAGGGAAGCUCUUUAUAAAGGUCAAUAUGCAAAUGAAGCGAUGAAUUUGAUUUUGGAAUAAAAAUAAUUUGGUACACGAUUUAA